AUAUACUCUAAACCCUUCGCUCGGUCGCCGGAACCACGCCCCACAGAGAGAGAGAGAGAAAAAAAAACCCUCGUUUGGUCGCCGGCACACAAGACGGUAGUAGGCGGCGAUCGAUCGGUGGACGACGGACGGAACUCAGCUAAGCAAUCUCGCCUCGUCUUCUCCGGCGGCGACACACACGCGCCCCUUCUACGUCGAGAAAUCAGUUCCCCAUCCUCCAUCAUCCAUUCCGAUUCUCCAUCUAUCGCUGGUGCGGCAGGAUCGCAGUAGCUAGCACGCGUCCGUCGUCUCGGGUCCGUCCGGCGGCGCAAUGGCCGCCUGUGCCGGCGUAGGACCUGUUGUGGGGAUGGUGGUGUUCCAGAUUAUCUUUGCAUUUGUCAAUAUCUUCUAUAAGCUAGCUGUGUCGGACGGCAUGGAUCUGAGGGUACUCAUCGCCUACCGCUACCUUUUCGGAUCAGCCUUCCUCGGCCCGCUCGCCUACUUCGUCGAGAGGAAAAACCGAACGAAACUGACAUGGAGGGUGGUGUUCUUGUCUUUCGCGUGUGGCCUCUCAGGGGGCACGAUGGCGCAGAACCUGUACAUCGCCGGCAUGAAGUUCACCUCGGCCACUUUCGCCUCCGCGACAACCAACCUCCUCCCGGCGUGUACCUUCGUCAUCGCCCUCGUCUUCCGCUACGAGAAGUUCGCCAUCCGCAGCCUGGCCAGCCAGGCCAAGGUCGCCGGGACCCUGCUGGGCGUCGGCGGGGCCAUGCUGCUCACCUUCUACAAGGGCGUCGACAUCACGCCCUGGCACAGCAACCUGAACCUCGUCGCCACGCUCACCCAGCACCACCACCAUCACACCACCACCACCACCACCAACUACGCCAUGGGGUCGCUGCUCUGCGUCUGCAGCUGCUUCUUCUACGCGCUUUGGAUCGUCGUGCAGGCCAAGCUGAGCAACGAGUACCCGUUCCACUACUCCAGCACCGCCCUCAUGUGCAUCAUGACCACGCUGCAGUCCUCCAUCUUCGCGCUCUGCUUCGACAGGGACGCCUCGCAAUGGCGACUCAAGUUCGACAUCAGGCUGCUCUCCUGCGCCUACUCGGGCAUCUUUGCGUCGGGCGUCGCGCUGGUGAUAAUGGCGUGGUGCGUGCAGCAGCGCGGGCCACUGUUCGUCUCCGUGUUUAGCCCGCUGAUGCUGCUCAUUGUGGCCGUGCUGAGCUCGCUGCUGCUGGGUGAGAAGCUGCACCUCGGCACGGCAAUGGGCGCGGUGCUCAUCGUCAUGGGACUCUACGCCGUGCUCUGGGGCAAGGGACGCGAGGCAGCGGCUGAGGCGGCCAGGGUCAGCGUCAACGACCACCCCACCACCAGCAACAGCAACAGCAGCGAGGAGGACGACGACAAGAAGCGGCACGUUAGCGUCCCAAUGCCUCCCGCACCAAACUCCGUCUGAUGUUAAGCUACAAACGGGGCCGGGGUUGGGGCGAAAAUAAAUACGGAGUACUAGCUAGUAUAUAUAAUUAUAUAUAUAUAUACGACUAUGGUGAUACUUCCAUUCCCAUGCCCAUACAUCCAGUCUCUCACAACAGAAAUCGGAUCUCUCAAAACAUGAUGAUAGCCGAUC